AUGGCUAUAGAAGAAAAGCGCACAGCCCGCCAUUCUCCACCGCGCCUAGGCCGCCGCCCAUCCCAAUCCGUCCAAGGCCGCGCAUUUGCAGCACCACGCAUGCAAUCCUUGGAACGCAUGCGCGCACGCGACGAAGCCAUCCAGGAACUAGGCCAAGCCCUUGAACAAAGCCCCCGUAAAUACGGUCUUCGUCGCGCAAACUCCAACUUCGACUACCGCACCCCGCCUUCCAACCGCAAAGGCAGAAUCCUAGGCGACGGCGAAGCAGCAGACCUUCAAGACCGUCUGCGCCGUGUAAGAUCGAAUGAGACGAUUGGGUCGCGACCCCCAACUCUACACCGCGUCAAUUCUACACGGUCCAGACGAGGCGCUGCAUCAGCGUUUGGAUUCCGAGAAGCAGAGGUUCGAGAGGACAUUGAACUUGGGGGGCUGGGUGCAUCGGGUGAUGGGCCCUUGAAGGAGAGGUUGGAGAGAACUAGUGAUCGGCAGUAUCGGUUCAGCAAGAAGAAGAGUGUGGAGAAGUGGAAGGGUGUAGCGAAUGUGGGGGUUGGUUGGUUGAAGGGGAGUGGGGUUAAGGAUGAGAGGGAGAGGGAGGGAUGGGUGUGA